CUUUCCGUUGCGUUGCCACUUUCUGCAGGCAGCCAGUCAGCUAGUCAGCCAGCAGGUGCUUAAGUCAAUCAAAUCAGUCGAGCCUUUCCUUUUAUUUCCCCUUCCCCUAUUCUCUUGCUUGCCAUUGUUCGUUAAGCUUCUCCCUGUCAUCAACUUUUGCGAAGGCUGCGUCUUGAUCCUGUUUUGCCACUCCUGUGUCGCCAGCUUGGCUAGCAAGAAACCCCACCCUCUUCACCAUGGAUGUCGUCUCCGAAGGCAACACCUACGCUCGCGCUGCUUGCACCGAGUGCUCGCGCCGGAAGCAGAAGGUAACGAAUUCCCUCCUAACAUUGACCCCGAUCCUGGCCCUCGCACUCGGCGUCCUCCGCGGCAUCCGUCGCCCAUAUGCCAGUCUAACUUCGUAUCAGUGCAACCGCGAGUGGCCUUGUAGCCAUUGUCAGAAGCGCAAAGCUGCCGAUAAGUGUCGGUUUAGGGACUCCAACCAACCCACAGCCGAGAAAGUGGCUCAGGACAAACGGCGCAAGCGACGCCUUAACCGCGACUUCAGCACCGAUUCUGCUGGCUCUGAAAUCGACGAGGCCGAAGGCAGUGGUAUUGACGCCCUGGGCUACAUGCCGUCGCAUAUUCUCUAUGGACUCACUGCGCAGGAUGAGGUCGUUAAAUCGUCGCCUCGCGAGUUCAUCAAAGACCCCAAAAUCUUUCCUCCUCUAGAGCGCGCUCUAAAGGUCAUUCCCCCAAGACCUUACACAGACAUCCUCGUCCAGAAUUUUCUGAACAAUGCCAACUACCACUAUUACAUCAUCUACCCGCCAAUCUUCCUGGAACAAUACAAGGAAUGGUGGGAUACACGAGCCGAUAAUAGACCCCUCAGCGUCCAGUGGACCUGCCUCCUUCUCAUGGUCUGCGCGUGUUCCUCGCAGUACACCGACGAAGAUCUCCAGCGAAAGCUCGAGAUUGACCUUGGCGACACCAUCCAACGAAUUACCGAGCAGUAUCACGAAGCUGCUCGUGAGUUGGGUAGUACCAUCCCCAUCGGAUGUAGCCACCUCACCAACGUUCAACAGCUGCUGCACUCGUGCUAUUGGUUUAAAUCAGAGGCCCGUUUUGUGGAGUGUUGGCAUGUUCUGAACUCCGCUAUCCGAGAAGCCCAAGAGCUUUCUAUGCACCAAGAGUCAAAGACCGAGCAAUUGACCCAAUUUGAGCUUGAACUUCGGAGGAGGGUUUGGUGUGUUUUAGACACCUGGGACUGGCAGAUUUCAGCCCUCCUUGGGCGACCCAUGAUUAUCGAUCGAUCCGAAUGUGACGUCAAACUGCCUAGUCUUGUCAUGGAAGGGAUGCAACAAUCUCCAUUAGCACACAUGAAGUUGCAAUCAGGCCUCAUUCGCAACCUCUAUGACCGCUUUGGUCUUACCAGGAAUGUCACGGAGCCCGCACAAGUCCAAGAGUAUCAAGAGAUGAUAAAACAAUGGAUCGAAGACUUCCCUCCUCCUUUCGACGUGCAUAUCCCCGAUAAGACCUUGGAUGUGACUUGUCCGUGGAUUGUGCUUCACCGACAUUAUAUCCGUACAAUGGCCUUCUCUAUGCUGCUCGAUCCUGUCCGGGCGUACCUGGCACAGCCGUUCACGACCAACACCAAGGAGGCGGAGCUUAAGAUUCGCAGCGACGGUAUCAAUUACCUCUUGGAGCUCAUGGUGUCUCUCAAAGGGUUCUUCGAGUGGGUCUAUCCCCGCGACUCAAAGUUCCAUUUCGUUCUGUUCUGCAUUUUCGACACUUCGACAGUACUGUGCACAGCUGUGCUUCACGACGAGCACCACUCCCUGCCUCGCCGAGAUGAGGUUUUCAAGGCUAUUGACAAUGCACAUGCUAUGUUGCGGCGUCUUCGAACGGUGACGAAAUCGGCUAGAACGUCGUAUGGUAUCUUGUCACGUAUUGUGCAGCGGCUGCCUCGUGCAGACGUACGGCCCAAGAUCGACGACAGCCCUGCCGCGAAGCGCGCCCGUGUCACUAAGGUGGCCAGCACAUCGCACUCAAUCUCACGAGAUAUCAGCACGCAAGACCAGAUGACGUCUACGCCUACAACAAUCUCGGCUAGAUCAGCCGGGUCGAGCUCUCAAUUCAAGACACUCUCUGCACCCAGGGCCUCUCCAACCUCGAGCAUUCCCUCCUCAGGUGCCUUCCACAUCUCAAGCGUUUUGACCACCAACGAGCCUGUUCGUCAUGGCGGAUUCAUGGCCCCGUCGUAUGUCGAGUACCAGGCUCAUUCUACGCCACUUGUACCAGAAGUUUCGCAAACACCGGCGGCUAUUGGACAGAUACCCGUGACUAUCGAGCAAACGCCAGUGGCCAUUGAGCAGACACCCGUCUUUUCCAACUUCUCAGAAGAUGAUCUCGGGGAGCUGGCCACGCUCUGGCACUUUGAGUCACUUGAUUUUAACUUUCUCGAUGCUUCGCCCCCGAUGUGACGUGGCUCGACGCGUCUGGAACGGUUUCGUCAGCAGGCAUGCAAGGUCGGAGUUCAAUUCAUGAU